AUGGCAAUGUCAUUGGAGGAUCUUCUGUCCGAAGAAGGCUUCAGGAGGAGAUCAAUAUCCAAAAUCAGGCCACGUAUCUCCGUCGCAUUGGAAGGAGGCGGCGCCGCCAGGCACGCCGCCGCGCCGCCGCCGGGGAGGUCGAGAUCUCACAUACCUCACCACGAUUCCAACGCCGAAUUUUCGAUCGACGAUCGAAAAAUCGGCGAUGAUCACGGCAAGUUUACCGCCGGAUCAUCUAGUAAAGAAAUUGUUGAAAUUGGAUCGUAUCCGAAGCCGCAUAAAAAUGCAUACUUCAACAAAGUAUAUAGUCGAAAAGUCGAUAAAACCAUGAAACAAGCCAAUAGUUUCAGUAAAAUGCCGGGAGUCGUAAAACAAGCCGCGCAAAUAAUCGAACCCCCGGCGCUAUACGACGUCGCUGCGAAAGCUCUUACGUCGAUUUUGAUCGAACAAAUCAAACGCUUUAUCGAUGACGAGGAAUUCAGGGCGUCCCUACGACACAACAGCUUCGCGUCGCUAACGUUCGUCGGACUAAUCAAGCCCGAAAACAAAGUGGUCGAGACUCUCCAAGAAGCGAUUGAAGAAGUAGAAAGCGCAGCCGCAGCAACAGAGAAUAAUACAUCGUCGUCGAAAAAAGAAUUGAAAAAAGCGUCGUUGCAGCUCAGCCUCAUCACGGGCUUAAGCUCCAACGACGACGCGAAUCGCGAAUCUCCGUCGAGGAUUCGAAACUACAAGAAGCUUGCGGCCUGCGCUCGACUCUACUUAAGCGUAAUCUACGCGUUGCAAAAAAAAGACUCGGCCGCGGCGAAAAAUCUUCUCCAAGUUUUCUGCGAUUCACCGUUCCACGCGCGAACAUCGCUGCUUCCGGAGCUGUGGGAUCGACUGUUUCUCCCCAAUCUUUCGCACGUGCAGCGGUGGCACGACGAAGAAACUCGUUCGAUAACCAAGUCACCGAUCUUCGCAGACGUAGAACUUCUUCAGAAAGUGUAUAAUGAGAGCCUCGACUCGGGAACUCACAAGUUCGCGACGUACUAUAAAGAUUGGAUUACAAACGGAGUCGAGGCGGCGCCUUCGGCGCCCCUUGUAAAAAUCCCAUCUUUUUCGAUCCAAUCGACGCCAAUCGAAGGCGUGCGCGAGCAUGGGUAUCGAGCUAGUCCGGCGAGUCGUGUCUCGCCGAAGCCGAUAGUCAGCAAAAAGCUUUACGCCGAGGUUUUCAAACAUUCGCAUAAAUCGGAGGCUCCGCGCGGAGAAGAGACAUCUGCGUCGAGUGUUAGAAGCUUGGAUAGUCCGGCACCGAUCGACAAACAGCUGAUAUUAAUCGCCGACGAAUCUUCGACUGAUAAUGUAGCCGUGAAUCUUAAUCGAAACGUCAAAGAAUUCGACAGCCAGGCCUCCCUCGCCGGCAUCCCGAAGGAUUUUCUGUGUCCUUUAACCGAACUUCUUUUUGAUAAUCCGGUGACUCUCGAGACAGGGCAGACGUUCGAGCGCGCGGCGAUAGUCAACUGGUUCGACAAAGGGUUCUUAACCUGUCCGGUGACCCGAAAGCCAUUGCAGUGCCGGGUUGCGCCGCCGACGAAUCUAAUUUUGAAGCACGUUAUCGAAAAAUGGCAGGACGAUCAUUUCGAGCAUCUCUUGGCUAUACUAGCUCGGAUAACAAACGAUCGUAACGAGAAAAUUGGCGAAGAUACGAUGAUCGUCGCGAUCCUCGAGCAAUUUCUCGCCGUUUUCAGCGAAGAUCGGAAGAUAUCGAAUGCACGACAGAUUAUCUCCUUCGGCGGCGUCGAAUUUCUCUCGAGAAGAUUUAACCAUGGAAGCAUUAAGGAGAAGAGAUGCAUCCUACCAUUGUUGUCUUCAUGUAUCGAAGCUAAUGAAGGCUGUAGGAUCGACAUCGCUCGCAGCAUAAGCGCGACGAAUUUGUUCGAAUUACUUCACGGAGAGGACUCGACGUUGCGGACUAAUGCAAUUCUAUUGAUGAUCGAACUCAUUUGCUCGAAUAGGAGGGUCCGAGCGAAGCGUUUCUUGGAAGGACUCCGCGACGAGGAGUUCGUAAGCGCGAUGGAUGAUUUGGUUAUACAUCUUCAAACGUGCUCGCCGGAAUUAAUUCCUCUCGUCGCGGCUCUGCUUCUGAAUCUUUCGAUUAUGUCGGGAGACACGUACGACAUUUACGAGCACGAAGCUGUCGAGGCGCUAACAAUGGCGAUGAGAAGAAGCUUAGCCGAUGAAAAGCUAUCGCGCAAGUGCUCCCGAGCUCUACUAAUCCUCGGAGGCUGGUUCCAUUCAUCGGGGAGGGUUAUGACAGAGGAUUGGAUACUAAAAGUCGCGGGGUUCCUCGACUGUCCGGAUUCGGACAAUACUGGCAACAACGACGACGCCAUGUCUGAGGAAGAAGAAACCGAAAGGAACAACUGGCUAGUGAGUAUAACCAGAGCGUUGCUCGGCGACAAUGGGAGGAGAUUGUUUAUAGACGGCGUAUCGGAGUGUCUGAGCUUCGGAAAUUCGGACAUGGCGAGGGUGUGUCUGACGACGGCGGCGUGGCUUAGCUCAUCGGUUGCUGUAUUACAUGGUAAGGAAGCUAAGAUUCGUGCCUUCUCCACUCUGAUUUCGCCAUUGAAGGAAAGCUUGCAGUAUGGAGAACUGGUUGAACACAAGAUCCUUGCUUCCCUGUGUCUCUUCAACUUCAGUAAAAUUCCAGAAUGUAGAACAGAAAUGGUGAAAUUGGGAGAGGAGAUUAGGCCAUUUCUUGAAGACUUGGCAGAGGUCACCUGGACAGCUAAGGAGUUGAAUUUGAUCGUUUCUGAGAUUUGGGUGUAACUUAAA